UCCGCUGCAUGAGACUGUCCUCCCUGCUCCCUUCAGGAAUUCUGGGAAGUGUAGUCCUGGCUACCUAUGCGGGAAGAGUCACUUCCGCUCCAGGUGUGCGACGCCUUGUCCUGUUCCUUUCAGAAAGACUAUCCUGCCUUCCCAGGUCUCCAUCAUUUCCUAGGGAAAAAAAAAGAGGAGAACAUGACCAAAUUGCAGGAGGCAGUGACGUUCAGGGACGUGGCCGUGGUCUUCAGUGAGGAGGAGCUGAGGCUGCUGGACGCUGCCCAGAGGAAGCUGUACCAUGAUGUGAUGCUGGAGAACUUCAGGAACCUCCUGGCCGUGGGAAGAAGCAGUGGCCGUGCUAUGGAGAAUGCUGAAGACAUGGAAUUCAACUCCCUUUGUCCCGAGGAGUUCUCCUUCUGUCAGACCUGGCCAUGGGGUGCAGGCACAUUACCCAGGGGUCAGGAGAUAGCAAAAAGAUGCCAAGGGAGUAACAGUGAAUCUCAGAGCCAAGGAGCUUCUCCCUGCCUGGCGUGGGCAGGGCUACCCAUUCAGAUUUCUGAAGAUGGGAAUUACAUGUUGCCUCCUGUACACAAAGACUCUGCUUCCGUGAAAACUCAAGAGUUCCCUUCUCUGAGAUCCCAACAGUCUUGGGGGAAACCACAUCUCGGCAGGCCAUGUAAUUGCCAGUGGACAGGUCAGCAAAGAAAUCACUUCUGUAAGUAUGACAGUGUCGUCUGGUCCUCCUACCACAGUGACAAUGAGGAGCUACAUGGCAAAGGAAAAAGCUGUAGUUUCCAUGACCACAGAGGAGAGACCUUGAAGGUAUCAUUACUUAAUCAGGACUUGAUUGAAUUCGGGCCAGAGCCCUGCCCAUGUACCAAGUUUAGAGAAGCCUGGAGCCAUGGUGACAAUUGUCACACACAUCAGCAGUGCUGCUCAAGCGGGAAGCCAUGUACACGCAGUCUGUGUGGAGAGGGCUGGGGUGAUAGGUCAGCCCUUCACGGUCAUCCAGGUCCUGAGACAGGAGAUGAAGGUGAUGCUGGGAGCCCUCCUCUGCAGUCCCCUGUGAGAGCACAUAUGGAGCAAACGCCACGCCAGUGCAGUGGGAAUGUCCACCAUGGUUCCCCUCCUAACGCUUGUGGGUGUGCCCGCCCAGGCAGCACCUCCCAGAAAUGCAGCAUCCCUGAGCAAGCUGUUGGUAGCUGUUCCCGCCACAAUAGUACUUUUAGGACCCAUCCUAGGGAAGAACCCAAUAAUUGUGAGGAGAAUGGGAAUGUUUUUAAUCAGAGUGCUCAAGAUAAUCAGAAAAUCGGUGCUGAAGAGAAACUAUGUCAGGGUGUGGCAUGUAGAAAAAAAUUCACACAGUGUUCAAAUCUGAACAUUCCACACAGAGUUCGUGUGGAGGAGACUCUCUGUAACCCCGAUUGUGGUAACCACCUCAGUCUGCCCCCACCUUUUCAGGACUCUGCAGGAGUGCACCCCAGGGGACAACCACACCAUCACACAUGCCACCAUACCGGCUUCAGUCAAACAUUGCACCUUCAAGGCCAUCAGAAACUUCCCAUUCAAGAAAAGCCUUUUCGUAAAGAGGGGGGAAGUGACUGUAACUGGAGUUCCAUCCCCAAGGAUCAUCAGAAACAGAAGUUGCACAAAUGCAGUGCCUGUGGGAAGGGCUUCAGUCACAGAUCCGUUCUUAACAUUCAUCAGAGAAUCCAUACCGGAGAGAAGCUAUACAAGUGUGAGGAGUGUGGCAAGGGCUUCAGCCGGAGUGCCUACCUGCAAGCCCACCAGAGAGUUCACACUGGAGAGAAGCCGUACAAGUGUGAGGAGUGUGGGAGGGGCUUCAGCCGGAGUGCAUAUCUACAAGGCCACCAGAGAGUUCACACCGGAGAGAAACCAUACAAGUGUGAGGAGUGUGGGAAGGGCUUCAGCAGGAGUUCACACCUGCAAGGCCACCAGAGAGUUCACACCGGAGAGAAACCAUACAAGUGUGAAGAGUGUGGAAAGGGCUUUAGCUGGAGCUUUAAUCUUCAGAUCCAUCAGCGGGUUCACACCGGAGAGAAACCCCAUAAAUGUGGAGAGUGUGGCAAAGGUUUCAGUAAGGCCUCAACUCUCCUGGCCCAUGAGAGAGUCCACACAGGAGAGAAACCUUACCAUUGUCAUGAGUGCGGCAAGAACUUCAGUCAGAAAUCCUACCUUCAAAGCCAUCAGAGUGUCCACUCUGGAGAGAGACCAUAUAUAUGUGAGGUGUGUGGGAAGGGCUUCAGUCAGAGAGCAUAUCUACAAGGUCACCAGAGAGUACACACUCGAGUGAAACCAUAUAAAUGUGAGUUGUGUGGGAAGGGCUUCAGUCAGGUAUCACGCCUCGAGGCACACCGGAGGGUCCACACAGGGGGAAAACCAUACAAAUGUGAGACCUGCACAAAGGGAUUCAAUGAGAGUUCCCGCCUCCAGGCACAUCAGAGGACCCAUGCAGAAGGAAGACCCUACAAAUGUGACCAGUGUGGUAAGGGCUUCAGUGGCUAUUCCAGUCUCCAAGCCCAUCACCGAGUCCACACUGGGGAGAAGCCAUAUAAAUGUGAGGUAUGUGGGAAGGGCUUCAGUCAGAGAUCGAAUCUCCAAGCUCAUCAGCGCGUGCACACAGGAGAGAAGCCUUACACAUGCGACGCAUGUGGUAAGGGUUUUCGUUGGAGCUCAGGCCUUCUGAUCCAUCAAAGGGCCCAUAGCAACGAUACGUUCUGUAGGGGUGGAGAGUAUGGGAGCAGUUAUCCACCUAAGAACCUAUGUAGAAAUGAAGGCCUGGUAGUUUCGGCGACAGCGGCGCUGAGCAGACUUCCGCUCGCUCCCGCAAGGCAAGGCUGCCGGGCAGUGAGAGCCAGCCGCGUCCCGCGACGUUUCUGUGCGCCGUGUCCCGGUGUGUCCUUUCGGGGGCCGAGUCUGCAUCUCGGAGAGAAGCGGGACACCAGUGGCGGCGGCGGCCGCUCCUCUCUCGCUGGGCUCUGCCUGGGCCAUCUCAGCCGCUCGUGGGGCCCCCAGGAGAGUCGAGCUUCCCGCGGAGCCUGGCAGAGCAGCGCUGAUGACAGAUGCUUGCUUCCCAGAGCCCUGCCUUGUCUCAGAGAGGAGAGAACAAUGACCAAGUCACAGAAUGUCAUUCAGAGCACUUUGGAUUUGGAAAAGAAGAUACAUUUGAACCGUACUGCCCAAGAGGAGCCAGGCACCAUGAGUGAGGCAGUGACGUUCAGGGACGUGGCCGUGGUCUUCAGUGAGGAGGAGCUGAGGCUGCUGGACGCUGCCCAGAGGAGGCUGUACCACGAUGUGAUGCUGGAGAACUUCAGGAACCUCCUGGCUGUGGGAGGUCAGAGUCCAAACAAGGUAGAGACUCUUGACUCAACAGGAUUAAGGCGCCUUUCAUUGUGGUGGCUUCCAUGCUGGCAAAUGACAGGCCAUGAUGUCACGAAACUGGCCAGCGCUCCAGAUAUUGUAGAAAACAUUCAAGGAAGGAGUUCUCACUUCCUGGAGCAAUGCCACUCCUUCUGCCACGGGAAAACAGAAGAGCCUCCUCGGGCCUCCAAGGAUGACGGCUGUCUGGAGAGCAUCACAAGCCAUCAUUCCUGUAUUACCGAAAAUCAGGAAUUUCUGUGUGGGAGGGCUCAGAGUUCUUGGAGUAAAAUUGAGAGAUGGAACCAUGGGAAACUCUGUCCUCAGACUCUGGUGAAAGCUAAGUCUCAGCUGUUGGCUCUGGGUGUUGACAUACUGAGUUGCAUUUCCCAUCAAGACAACAAUAUACUGCAUGAAAGAGACAAAGUCCACAGCAGCAGUGACUGCGGUAAAAUCAUCUUUCCUGUGUCAUCCCUCACCCAGUCUCCUACUUGCACAGAACAGAAGGCCUACCAGUGCAGCAAGGGCCAAGAAACAUUCAUUGGCAGCCCCCGUCAGCAGGUCCUCUCAGGAAAUAAGUCCCCUGUACAUAGUUCACGUGAAGACACCACUCAUAGCUCCAGUGUCUCCAUUCAACAAAGUGUUCAUCCAGGAAGAAAGCGCUACUGGUGUCAAGAGUGUGGCAAGGCUUUCAGUCAGAGCUCAAAUCUGCAGACUCACCAGAGAGUGCACACAGGGGAGAAACCCUACACCUGCCCUGAGUGUGGGAAGAGCUUCAACCAGAGCUCACACCUGUAUGCUCACCUGCCCAUCCACACAGGCGAGAAGCCCUACUGCUGUGACAACUGCGGGAAGGGCUUCAGCCGCAGCACAGAUCUCAACAUUCACUGCCGAGUACACACUGGAGAGAAACCUUACAAGUGUGAAGUGUGUGGGAAGGGCUUCACACAGAGGUCACACCUCCAAGCCCACGAGAGAAUUCACACAGGAGAGAAGCCAUAUAAGUGUGGAGACUGUGGCAAAUGCUUCAGCUGUAGCUCGAACCUUCACACCCACCAGAGAGUCCACACUGAGGAGAAACCGUACAAGUGUGACGAGUGUGGGAAGUGCUUCAGCUUGAGCUUCAACCUCCACAGCCAUCAGCGGGUCCACACAGGAGAGAAGCCAUAUAAAUGUGAAGAGUGCGGGAAGGGUUUCAGUUCAGCCUCAAGCUUCCAAAGCCACCAACGGGUCCAUACAGGAGAGAAGCCAUUUUGCUGCAGUGUGUGUGGAAAGGGCUUCAGUCAGAGCUCUUAUUUUCAAGCCCACCAGAGAGUUCACACUGGGGAAAAACCUUAUAGAUGUGAUGUGUGUGGGAAGCGCUUCAACUGGAGCUUGAACCUCCACAAUCACCAGAGAGUCCACACUGGAGAGAGACCAUAUAAAUGUGAGGAGUGUGGGAAAGGCUUCAGUCAGGCCUCAAAUCUGCAGGCGCAUCAGAGUGUCCACACUGGCGAGAAGCCAUUCAGAUGCAAUGCAUGCCAGAAACGAUUCAGUCAGGCCUCGCACCUCCAGGCCCACCAAAGGGUGCACACUGGGGAGAAGCCCUACAAGUGUGACACGUGUGGGAAAGCCUUCAGCCAGAGAUCCAAUCUCCAAGUCCAUCAGAUAAUUCACACCGGGGAGAAGCCGUACAAAUGUGAGGAGUGUGGGAAGGAGUUCAGCUGGAGUGCGGGGCUUACUGCACACCAGAGGGUCCACACAGGAGAGAAACCCUACACAUGUCAGCAGUGUGGGAAGGGCUUCAGUCAGGCCUCACACUUCCACACACACCAGAGGGUCCACACUGGGGAAAGGCCCUACAUCUGCGGCAUUUGCUCUAAGGGCUUCAGUCAGCGAUCACAUCUGGUCUACCACCAGAGGGUCCACAGUGCAGGGAAUCUCUAGGUGGGCUUCAUGCUGCUGCUUGUUAAAAACUUUCCCCAAAUCCAGAGGCUUCAGGAGUCUUUACCAGGGAGAUGUGCGUCUCUUUGGGAGAUCAUUUUUUUUGUUGUUGAUUUUUUUUUGUUUUGUUUGUUUGUUUGUUUUUAAGAGCAGAUUUCUUUGGCUGUCGUGGAACUUGCUCUGUAAACCAAGCUAGACUUGAUCUCACAGAGAUUCUCCCUGCUAUCAACUCCUGAGUGCUGGGAUUAAAGGUGUACACCCAGCAGGGAGAUCAGUUCUUUACAAAUGUCAAAAAUUACAAGAGGAUCAUUGCUCUAUAAAUGUAUUGUCACCAUGUACAAGAAUUGUAAGGUUGCCACCCUCAGGAUAUGACAGAGCAGGAAAAUCUCGGAAUCCAUCCAGGUCAGCAGAAUGGCUGCAGGAAGGGCUUUAACCACAGCUGGUGAUUGGCAGAAUUGCUCUUGACUGAAGCAUCACUUCCUCAUAGGAAGAGCUGCAUGUGACUCAGGACCCAGCCAUUUCUGAAAAGUGAGAAAAGCCCUUGUAAGCAGGACUCAUAUUCCGCACUACUGUUGUGAGGGCCCUUUAGUCAGCUUCCCAGUCAAGUCUGCAGUGUGUGACCUGCCUCUCUGGCCAUGGUGCUUUGCACAGCAUAGCAACUCUGUACUGGAUGACUUUUAGUAUUUGUACAUAAUAGACUAAAUCCACGGUCUUUUUGAAAAUUCCAUGGUUAUCAACCCAAUAAGGUGAACUGAAACUUACACAAUUGGAAUUUUGGGCCCUGAAUUCAUUUAGGAAAGGGCUUUUUCUUGUAAUCACUGCUGCAAAUGUUUUUACAAAGUAUUUGCUGAUGACAAAAGGGUUCUUAGUAAACUUGAAUUGUUAA